AUGCCGGACAACACCAUUGUAAACACGAGACCAAGGCCGUACUCAAGAGGUGUGGCCGCGCUCUUCGCUACUGGUGUACCUCCGGCUGUAGUUGCUCCUCCAACCUCUGAUGACGGUCCCUCUGCACCUGGAGCCAUAGCUGAAACAGGGGCGUUUGCCGUUGGUGCUGUGGCUGGUGAUGCGGAUGGCCUGGAAGGAACUGGUGCUGGGACUUUUGAAGGUAAAGGGGCCUUGCUCGGCGUUGGUGUGGUUGCAGCUGCGACAGGAGCAGUGCUCGCCUUUGGCGUGGCUGUAGAUGGAAGGGGAGCAGCAUUGCUUGGUGUUGGUGGAGCCAGGGCUGGGACAGUGGCUGCGCUUGGUGUUGGUGGAAGCGUUGAUGGGAUCGGAAGCAAGCUUGCUAGUGGUGGCGGUAUCGGUAGAGAAGGUAAUGUGGUUGGCGGAGGGGUUGCAGCGGCGGUGGCUGGAGGUGGAGGGGUUCCAGCAACGGUGGCUAGAAGAGGAGGGGUUGCAGCGGCCGUGGCUAAAGCAGGAGGGGUUGCAACGGUGGCGGCGGGAGGGGAUGUGGCCGGCGGAGAGGAUGUUUUGGAGCCAUCAAUCCCCUGA